GUGCUUCCAGAACGCCCCCUCCGCAGCUGGAGAUCCGCGGGCGUCAUGCUGCGAAUUUCUGCCUUACGGCUGCUAGGACGCAGGGGGGCGAGGGUCUCGCUCUCUGAGGACUUUAGUUUACGCCAGUACAGCUCGGGCCCUCUUGGUGUCCGCGACGAUACCCGCGACUCGCGCGCCUACUUUACCACACCCAUUUUCUACGUGAACGCCGCGCCGCACAUCGGGCACCUGUACUCCGCGCUGCUGGCGGACGCCCUGUGCCGACACCAUCGCCUCCGAGUUCCCAGUGGCGCGGCCACCGGAUUCUCCACGGGUACCGAUGAGCACGGCCUGAAGAUUCAGCAGGCAGCAGCCGCCGCGGGCCUGGCUCCGUCCGAGCUGUGCGACAGAGUCUCUGCCCAGUUCCAGCAGCUUUUCCGGGAGGCUGACAUCUCUUCCACCGACUUCAUCCGCACCACCGAGGCCCGGCACCGGGUAGCUGUGCAGCAUUUCUGGGGGAUGCUGAAGGCUCGGGGUCUUCUCUACAAGGGUCUCUAUGAAGGUUGGUAUUGCGCCUCCGACGAGUGCUUCCUGCCUGAAGCCAAGGUCACCAGGCAGCCCGGCCCGUCGGGGGAUUUGUGUCCUGUAUCUCUCGAGAGCGGACACCCGGUCUCUUGGACCAAGGAAGAAAACUACAUUUUUAGGCUGUCCCAGUUCCGGGAGCCGCUCCAGCAGUGGCUGCGGGGCGACCCUCAGGCCAUAAUACCGGAGCCAUUCCAUCACACAGUCCUUCAGUGGUUGGAGGAGGAACUGCCGGACCUAUCGGUCUCUCGAAGGAGUAGCCACUUGCACUGGGGCAUUCCGGUACCCGGGGACGAUUCGCAGACCAUCUACGUAUGGCUGGAUGCCUUGGUCAACUACCUUACUGUAAUUGGCUACCCAAACGCUGAGUUCAAAUCUUGGUGGCCGACCACCUCUCAUAUCAUAGGUAAGGACAUUCUCAAAUUCCACGCUAUCUACUGGCCUGCUCUCCUCUUAGGGGCCGGCAUGAGCCCACCACACCGCAUCUACGUCCACUCCCACUGGACAGUCUGUGGUCAGAAGAUGUCUAAGAGCUUGGGUAACGUGGUGGAUCCCAGGACUUGCCUUGACCGAUAUACGGUGGAUGGCUUCCGCUACUUUCUUCUUCGGCAGGGCGUCCCCAGCUGGGAUUGUGAUUACUAUGAUGAAAAGGUGGUUAAGUUGUUGGAUUCCGAGCUGGCAGAUGCUUUGGGAGGUCUCCUGAACCGAUGUACUGCCAACAGGAUCAAUCCUUCCGGAAUCUAUCCGGCUUUCUGCACUGCUUGCUUUCCCAGUGAGCCAGGCUCGGCGGGGCCGUCAGGUCGUGCUCAGGCAGAGGACUACGCUCUGGUGAGCGCAGUGGCCACUUUGCCCGAGCAGGUAGCAGACCACUAUGAUAACUUUCAGAUCUAUAAGGCUCUGGAGGCAGUGUCCAGCUGUGUCCGGCAGACCAACGGCUUUGUCCAAAGGCAUGCGCCGUGGAAGCUGAACUGGGAGAGCCCCGUGGAUGCUCCCUGGCUGGGUACUGUGCUUCAUGUGGCCUUGGAGUGUUUGCGAGUCUUUGGAACUCUGCUCCAGCCUGUCACCCCAAGCCUAGCUGACAGGCUGCUGUCUAGGUUGGGGGUUUCUUCCACAGAGAGGAGCCUUGGAGAGCUCCAUUUCUUAUCUCGAUUCUAUGGACACCCAUCCCCUUUUGAAGGGAGGAGACUGGGACCUGAAACUGGGGUCUUGUUUCCAAGACUGGACCAGUCUAGGUCCUGGCUGGUAAAAGCCCACAAGACCUAGAAACUCAGUUUUUAUUAGCUUGUGGUAAAAAAAUAAAUUUAUUUUCUUAUUUUUUGCAUUUUCAGGGAAAUUAUAUUAAUGCUUUCUACAGUGUUGCAUCAAAUGAGCACAUAAGUAAUGUCCCUGUGAAAAGAGGUUUGAUAGCCUUUCAGGAGCCUGCUCCCUACUCUUCAGUUUUCUGUGUCCAUUAACCACUGUCCUUUGUACCCCAGUGUCUCUGAGAUGUCUCCAGGGGUAAGAGACAACUUUGCUGAUACUGCUCCUUCUCACUGUACCUCCGUCCAAACCACAGUUGUUUGCCCAGACUACCUCUCAUGGCUUGUUUUUCAUUGGCCUGGCUUCUGCUGGGCAAAUUAAUGAGAGUGGGGGUUGGAGGCCCCCUACCUCAGCUUUUGCUUUGUUAUAUAUGUUGAGUCUCCUGUUGGAAACAGAUUGUUUCAUUAAACCUUUAAACACCCAUGCCCUGGAUUAGAUGAUUUUCGCCUGUGUUUCUAUUUUUGAUUCUUAACGAUCUUGACUCCCAGUUUUGCUAGUUAAUUGUCCAGUAGUUGUGCUUUGUACCAUUAUACUUGAACCGGUAGAUGGCUCUAGUCUCAUAUUUAAUUAACACUGAGGUUUCAGAAUAUUUAAAAUAAAUUUUCUGCUUUGUAAUUUUGCAUAAUUUAAAGAAAAAAUUAUAUUUUCUUAAAAUAAGGAUAACUGCAACCACUGCUGUUUUACAGUAAACAAUAAAAAAGAUCAAAAUCCUCAUUUCAGACUACUGGAAAAGGACAUUCACUCCAUUAGAUGUUUAGUCAGCUAAUAAGUAACUAUCACAUGUGUUUGGACCAUGAUAAAUUAUAAACCUCUCUUGAUUUAUUUGGUAUGUUAAAAAUUUUUUAAACUUUAAUAAUGUUAGGUUUACAGGUGUGAUUUAAAAAAUCUGUAGAAAGUUCAGAAGGGUAAUAUUUUCUUUAUAUUUCUUGGUCUUAACUUUGUUAUCCACAUAUAUAAUUUACCUUAUAUGAUUUCUUUUGGUCAAUCAGUAUGUAUAAUACAAUACAGAAAUUGUGGAAUACUUAUUAUAAAUUUAAUAUGUUUACUUUCAAGUAGUUUUUAUUAAUUAUUUUGCUCCUUUAACUUAAGUUAUUAAAGUUUAAAAGUUUUUUAAGUACCU